AUGAAGUCUAAGCACUGUGCUACCCAGAACCCAAGAUGUACAAUCAUGACAUUCCGCCCAACCAUGGAAGAAUUUAAGGAUUUUAACAAAUACAUUGCUUACAUGGAAUCCCAAGGUGCACACCGAGCAGGCCUGGCUAAAAUAAUUCCACCCAAGCAAUGGAAAGACAGACAGACCUACGAUGAUAUCAGUGACAUCCUAAUAGCCACUCCUCUGCAACAGGUGGUCUCUGGGAGAGCAGGUGUGUUUACGCAAUACCAUAAAAAGAAGAAAGCCAUGACUGUGGGGGAGUAUCGCCACUUGGCUAACAGUAACAAAUACCGCACUCCACCACACCUGGAUUAUCAAAAUUUGGAGCGAAAGUAUUGGAAACACCGCCUCUACGAUUCCCCGAUUUAUGGGGCUGACGUCAGCGGUUCCUUAUUUGAUGAAAACACUGAACACUGGAACCUCGGCAACCUGGGGACAAUUCAGGACCUACUGGAGCAGGAGUGUGGAGUGGUCAUCGAAGGCGUCAACACACCCUACCUGUACUUCGGCAUGUGGAAGACCACCUUCGCUUGGCACACGGAGGACAUGGACCUCUACAGCAUCAACUACCUGCACUUCGGGGAGCCCAAAACGUGGUACGCGGUGCCCCCGGAGCACGGCCAACGCCUGGAACGCCUGGCCAGAGAGCUUUUUCCUGGCAGUUCGCGGGGCUGUGAGGCCUUCCUGCGGCAUAAGGUGGCUCUCAUCUCACCCACUGUCCUCAGGGAGAAUGGCAUUCCUUUCCGUCGGAUCACCCAGGAGGCUGGUGAGUUCAUGGUGACAUUCCCUUAUGGCUACCACGCUGGCUUCAAUCAUGGCUUCAACUGUGCGGAAGCCAUCAAUUUCGCCACCCCGCGCUGGGUUGAUUAUGGCAAAGUGGCAUCUCAGUGCAGCUGCGGGGAGUCCAGGGUCACGUUUUCCAUGGACGCUUUUGUGCGCAUUCUGCAACCUGAGCGUUAUGAGCUGUGGAAACAGGGGCAGGACCGGGCAGUUGUGGACCAUACAGAGCCCACAGCCCUGGCCAGCCAGGAGCUGACCGCCUGGAGGGAGGCCCGGGCACCUACGAGAGCCUCGCGAGGCCUAAGGCACCUCCAGCCUCGCCGAGCUCCGCACCCCUCUCUGCCUGUAGCCGCCGCCGGCAAUGGUCCCCAGGGCCGCGCCCUUGUGCGCCAUGAGACCCAGGGCUCCGCUGCCGCCCACAGUGCACCUGUGCUGCCUGAGGAGUCCUUGGUUGCCGGCAGUUUCGCAGUGCCUAACCUGACCUCGUCGCUGAUCCCACGUCUGUCUGCCUCGCGUCUCCACACCUCAUCUGGCAGGAGAGGUCGUGGUCGUCGUCCUCGGGAAUCUGUGGUCCAGGAGCAGAUGGUUCAGGCCCCUGCCAAGAGGCACAAAGCACGCACAGUACCGGGCCUCAGUGCUCAACCCCUGCCUGUGAACGUACCUUUGAUAGACGACCCUGCACCUCUGAGUUUUGAGCCCCAGUCUCCUGCUAAAGCUUCUGGCUGCUGCUGUGCCCCGCAUCUUCAGCCCUUGGGGCUCCCACUGGAUCCUGAUGCUCCGAUGCACCCUGGCCCGUGCCUGCUGUCGCUGGACACCAUUACAGUCAAUCUCCCCGACAUCGUUCCUCUGACUCCUCCCAACGUCGCUUUACCUUUGAGAAAAUUUCUCAGAGACACUGCUGAGGACUGCAGCACCCUUGCGAACUUGCUCAAAGUUAUUGCCAUGGACCACUCUUAUACCUCUAUGAGCCUACCCCCAACAGGUUGCCAAAAUCUCCUUCCUUCUUGA